AUGAGAAACUUCCUUCUUGCAGGCCUGCUGGCCGCCCCUACAUCCGUGUGCGCCGUGGCCCUCACCGGCUACGAGUACAUCGUCGUCGGUUCCGGCGCCGGCGGUGGUCCCCUGGCUGCCCGUCUUGCACUGGCCGGUCGCAAGACCCUCCUCAUCGAGGCCGGUGACGACUACAACUCCCUCAACUACACCGUCCCUGCCUACUCCGCCAACGCGUCCGAGGAUCCUGAGAUCUCGUGGAACUUCUUCGUGCGGCACUACGCCGAUGAUGAGCGACAGGCGCGUGACUUCAAGGCCACCUACGACACUCCCAACGGCGAGUACACCGGUCUGAACCCUCCUGCUGGGGCGGAGCUCAAGGGUACUCUGUACCCUCGUACCCAAGCCCUUGGAGGCUGCACUGCUCACAACGCUCUGAUCGCCGUGUACCCUCACCAGUCUGACUUUGAGUACAUUGCCUCGCUCACCGGCGAUGACUCCUGGUCUGCCGAGAACAUGCGAAAGUACUUCGUCAAGGCCGAGGACAACAACCAUCGUCCUGCCGGCGAGGAGGGCCACGGUUACAACGGCUGGCUCAGCACUGAGACCGCCCCCCUUAGCAUCCCCCUCGGCGACGAGCAGCUCCUAAGCAUCCUCAGUGGAGCCGCCGUUGCCCUGACCGAGGCCUCUGGCAAGAACAUCACCAUGGACGGCCUUAUCGCCGAGGAUGCCAACGCUGAUACUCUCGCCCGCGACCAGGAGGCUGGCUACUACCAGAUCCCCCUCUCCACCAAGGAUGCCAGCCGUAUUGGACCCCGUGAGUUCAUCCUCUCUGUGCGCGAUGCCAAGCACGACAACGGUACCAAGAUGUACCCUCUCGACGUCCGCACCAACAGCUACGUCACCAAGGUCAUCUUCGACGAGUCCGAGCCCCCUCGCGCUGUGGGAGUUGAGUUCCUCGACGGCAAGCACCUCUACAAGGCCAGCCCUCUUGCCACCAACGCUGCUGGCAAGGCCGGUAACGCCACUGCAUCUCGUGAGGUUAUCGUCGCCGGUGGUGUGUACAACACUCCCCAGAUCCUCAAGCUUAGCGGUAUCGGACCUGCUGCUGAGUUGAAGAAGUUCGACAUCCCCGUCAUCUCCGAUCUUCCCGGCGUUGGAACCAACCUGCAGGACCACUACGAGAUCAGCGUCCAGGCCAACACCCCUGAGAACUUCACCUCUUUCGACGGCUGCACCUUUGGUCUUUUCACCGACGAGGACCCUUGUGUUGACCGCUGGAGAGCCCCCGUCGACGGCGACCACGGCAUCUACUCCUCCUCCGGCCUUGCUGCCUCCAUGUUCUACAAGAGCUCCACCGCUGAGAACGACAACUUCGACAUCUUCGCUUUCGGCGGCCCCGUCAACUUCCGAGGCUACUUUCCCCAGUACGCCGUCAACGCCACUAUCAACCAUGACGCCUUCUCCUGGGCCAUCCUCAAGGCUCACCCCCGCAACACCGCCGGCAAGGUCGUCCUCCGCUCCGCCGACCCCCUCGACAUGCCCGAGAUCACCUUCAACUACUUCGACACUGGUAAUGGCGACUCCUCCGCUGAUCUUGAGGCCCUGUACGAGGCCAUUGAGCUCGCCCGAAACGCCCUCGCCAGCCAGGCCGUCAACGUUACCGAGAUCCUCCCCGGCCCCAACGUCGUCUCCAAGAAGGACAUCCAGACCUACAUCAAGGACAACACCUGGGGACAUCACGCUUCGUCCACCUGCCCCAUUGGUGCUGACGAUGACCCUAUGGCCGUUCUCGACUCUAGCUUCCGUGUGCGAGGUGUUGCUGGUCUGCGUGUUGUUGACGCUUCUGUCUACCCUCGCAUUCCCGGUACUUUCACUGCUGUCUCUACUUACAUGGCGGCUGAGAAGGCUGCGGAUAUUAUCCUUUCUGGAUUGAAGGACGAGUAA